AUGCUCUGCCUUUCUCUCUUCGACCUCACUUUGUGCGUGCCAGCCGCAGCAGGGGAAAAGACAAAGGGAACAGGCGAGACGGGAAUGCUGGAUGGUGCCAGCAGUAGCCGCAAUACCGCGUUUCUAGCCUCCGAGGGUCACUACGCAUCGGCGCAGGAAGCCGACGAGGCAAGGCGACGCCAGAUGGAAGAAGAGCGACGAAGGCGUCAGCAGGAACUUCAUGUGCAGCAGGAGAUUGAGUGGAAGUCAUUUCAGGACGCGAGGGAACGCUGCCGCAAGGAUGCUCAUUUGUCUGCGAUGAUGGACAAGAUUCAGUUCAGAGGGGCCCUUCACAGUAAUUACAGCAGGUUGUGCAAGGCACAUGAGGAAGAGAUGCAAGCGUACUUGACGAGGAUUGAGGCCGAACAAGCGCGUCGAUCUGUGAGGUUGGCCCCAACUUACAGGGAGACACAGGCGAACGCAAGCCGUUUGACGGGCACAGGCCUCUACGCCGAGCCGGCUCAACUUAAAGCGAUGACUUUAUGCUUGGAGGGGGAUGUGCAUAACGCCACAGCGGAAAACAACCGACAACUUGUGGGGUGGAAGCUUCGGGAAAAGCAGAAGGAGCUUGAGACGCGGAGUCUCGCAUCGUAUCGGAAUGUAUUUGACGCGCAGCUCCUGGGGCAGCGGCGCUCAGGUGAAAAAAGGCGCGCCGUGGAGGCAAACUUGCAACACAAGGCAUCUGAAAUGGCAGUAUCGCAUUACAACGAGCGACGAGCCUUGUACCUGCCACUGCUAAGCACCCGCAACUCUAGCAAGACUCAGCAGCUUAGGGUGUCUCGCGGAACUCAACUCAUGCAGAGGGUCAACGGAGACCAUUACUAUGUUCCUUCACUUUGUAACUUGUAUGGUAGUCUGCUUGAGCAAGGGUAA